AUGCCCCCGGAUAACCCUCCUUACGGCUCCAAAACGCUCGCUAAUUCAGUGGAACUGCCGUUGCAUAGGCUCGAACAGGAAAUAGCCAAAGAUCUCAGAUCCGAAAACCACCAGUCUAAACGGCCUUCUGACGCCGCCUCCUUAUACUCGUUUGACUCUGUGUCGACUUCUGGUAGGUUGCUUGACCGAUUGGACUUGGAUACUGAAGAUUACGAUGACGACUUCCUUCGAAGACGUGAGUCUUAUGCCCUGAUACAGUCUACUGGUCGGCUCUUGGACCGCUUGGGGUUGGAUGAUGACGGUGAAGAAGCUUCUCUGCCGCUGCUGCUUACUCUGGCAGGCUUGCCUUCGAGUUCUGGUGGUGACCCACGUUUUAAACCUGUGAGAGCAUCAUCUGCCAUCAGCUUAAACAGAAUGAAGAGUACCCAGUCUCAACGGCCUCCAAUGAGAGCACUCAGUUCUAAAAGCUCAUCUAAUGGCCGCUUACCUAUACAAAAUGUCGGCUCAACUCAAUUCAAACAACCCUUCGAGAGGCCUGGUGCCUCUGUUGAUUCGUUCCAUGCUGACCUAAAUUCUUCUCGCAACAGCCUGUUCACUCGUUUGGCCAAUGCCCAAAGGUCGCAGUCUCUGGGCUCCACUGGCUCUGGUAUGUCCAUGAAAAUGCCUGGUAGCUUUGAUAAUGGCUCCAUUGAUGAGCUUUCUUCGGAAACAGAAACAACAGCUGUGGAAGAAAGAUCGUCAUCUCCACUGCCAAAAGUACAGCCUGCGCCAUUUCACGCCCCACUUAAACCAAAUUUUGGAACUAGACAAGCCUCGGGCUCUUCCCAAACAUCUACCUCGUCUACCGAAGUUCCUAUUUUCAAUCCUAACGUAAAAUUCAACCCAGCAUUGGAGAAUAUGGUCAAACAAGCCCUUCUGCUAAGAAAUCAAAACGAUAGAGAGGCAUCCUAUCAACUUCAAAUUACGGGGAAUGCACCUAAUAACUACCCAAAAGCAAUGUUACUAUACGCCCUGGCACUUCAGUUCGGCCUCGGUGUCAAAAAGAACGACAUACUGUGUGUGAAAUGGUUGUGUCGAUGUAUACUAGUGUCUCAGAUUGUCGAAACCAACCCUGUGGACCCACCUUCGCUUAAUAACUAUGUUCAAAGACUUCAUGAACUUCUCCCGCAGGAUUUGGUGAAGAUGGUCUGCAAACUGACGCCUAGCCUGGCCGAUCCUUUUGACUUGUACGAUGAAUACCUGGGCAUGAACCAGUCUGUUAUUUCAAAAAUUGUGUCUCUCAAUAACAAGGAAAACAACACCGUCGCUGCAGCUUACCACAAGUUGGGAGAAGCGGUCCUUCUUGGCUCGGCCUACCUUCUAAAGAUACCUUGA